CUCCUCUCCCUGCUGUCCUAUGCUUCUUGCCAUUUGCCUCUUGCUCUCUUGCUACCAGCUGACGGACAGCGAAGUUGUGCUGAAAACCUCCACAAAACAAAACCUUCAUCAGCACGUGUGCUCAACCAACCAACAAGGAACAGAAAACCGAAAGUGAUCUAAUCGCACCUGGGGCCGUCUGCGCAAGGGGUCACCAUGGCGCCAACUUUGUAUGACGAUGGCGAGAAACCGGAGGUUGGUGACCUGAUUGAGAUCUUCAGAGGAACAUACCAGCACUGGGCUGUGUACAUUGGGGAGGGUUAUGUCAUUCACCUAGCGCCGCCCAGUGAGCGGGCACAAGCCGGGGCCUACAGCAUGAUGUCGGUGCUGUGUGACAAGGCCAUCGUGAAGAAGGAGGAGCUUUGGGACGUGGUGGGGACCGACAAGUGGCAAGUCAACAACCUCCUGGACAAGAACUACCAGCCCCGGCCCGCGUGCACUAUCGUACAGGAGGCCGAGAGCAUGCUGAACCAGGAACUGCCCUACUGCGUCUUCCGGGGCAACUGUGAACACUUUGCCACCGAGCUGCGCUACGGCAAGGCUGAGUCACGCCAGGUGCGCAAGGCGGCGGAGGUGGCGGUGGGGGUUGGGAUGGUCACCAUGCUCGGCCUGGGAGCCAUCGCUGUGGCAUCCGCCUUGUUUGGAAGCAGCAAGAAGGAGAGGGAGAGCAAGCAAUGAACAUGGCACCUCGUAGAUGUUCAUUAUGUCCAACUGUUGACUCAAGACUUUUUCUUUAGUUUCAGACAUGUAAAAGUUUUAUCCUUUACCUGACAUGUUUCGACAACAUCAACUGAUUUUAAAGCACAUCGCAUACCAACAUCCAUGUCACCCUCUGAUGAAGAUGGAAGCUACAUCGUCAAAGCAUGUCAGGUAAAGGA